UAAUAAUGUAUUUGUAUCUACUUUAUUGCUAAUCAUGGAAAUAUAUUAAUAUUAGGGCAUGCUAUUAAUCAGUGUGAUCAAAUGGUGGCUUUCGGAAUUGCAGGAUGGAAUGGGUUGAUUUUUAGUAAAGGGAAGUAACUCUAAUGUUAUCGCAUGGUAAACAACUUUGAAUUUCAUUUUAUUAUGCAAGAUAUAAUUCCCCAUAAACAAAUGUAAUGGACUCGUUUGUUGUUAAAAAGAAGAGACGAAUAGGCGAACAAAGUACGGAAUACAAUUCAGAACAUGUCACCAAAAAAUCGAAGGAUGAUUCAACAGAAACUGAUCAAGGAACCGGUCAUUCAAUUUUAUGGAAGGAAAUCCGACGCGAAAAUCUGUGUUGUGAUUACACAGUUUUCUACAGUAAACACCAAGCAGACGAAUUGUUGGCAGAAUGUGAAAAAAUACUAAUUUAUAAUGAAGGACAAAUGGCUCGUGUUCAUUUGUAUGGAAAAUGGAUGGAGAUUGCUCGAAAACAGGUUGCUUUUGGAGAUGAAGGCUUAUCCUAUAGAUUUUCUGGAAAGACAGUGUCAGCACAACCAUGGAUGCCACUUGUACAGAAAAUAAAAGAUGAUAUCAUUAAAGCUACAGGAUAUACAUUCAACUUUGUCCUUGUAAACAGAUACAAAGAUGGUCAUGAUCAUAUAGGAGAACAUAAAGAUGAUGAGAAGGAUUUAGUUUUUGGUCAUCCAAUAGCUUCACUGAGUUUGGGACAGGCACGUGAUUUUAUUUUCAAACAUCAAGAUAGUCGAGGAAAGAAUGCCACGAGAGACAUUCCUACUGUGAAGUUAGAACUACAGCAUGGUAGUCUUCUAAUGAUGAAGCAUCCAACUAACUCAUUCUGGUACCAUUCUCUACCUACGCGUAAAAAACUCAUCAAUGUAAGGAUUAACUUUACAUUUCGCCAAAUGAUGGUAAACAAGGCAUCAUAGCUACAUGUAUGGUUGAAGUUCUUCAGAUGUUAAACGAACUGUACUAGAUAUAUUUUAUUUAGUAAAGCUCUUAAAUUCUUUGUGAAAGACUCUUAACAACAUUUAUCCUAGCCCCAGUCAACUAUCUGAAACUUUGUGAUAGGUUAAUGAAGAAAUACAAGCUCAACUCAACACCUGUAAUAUUGUCUGUAUAACCACAUCUAUAAUCUGAACAUAGUGAGAAAUUUUUUUCGUCAUUCACAGUACAUAAACACAGGUCUUUAUUCUUUGGUGUUAUGUGUAUGUUAUUACUCAAAUAUUGAGUUUAACAUUUCAGACAAGAUAAAUAGGUUAGUUUUUACCCCAUGCUUGCUAGCAAGAUCUAAUCACCACGCUCUUCCAUUAUGUUUUGGGGGUACAGUUCGUUUGUGAUGGGAAUCAGCCAUUCAUUCCACAACUCGGCAUUUGAUUUGCAUAUUUAACGGUCAAAAUGAAAUAAGGUUUAAUGGCCUACUGUUCUUCUUUGACUCAGUGUGCUAUGAGGGAAAUUUUGUCCUGACAGCAGCACUACGGCCUAUUCCUAUAUCGCAUCCAAAAGAUCUUUUAUGUGCAUGCCAAUGUGUACACAGAACCUUACCGGGCCCUCUAUACUGCACCACUGACAUUGGGGAACUAUGCUGGAAAUUCCCGAUCGAACACGAGACCUCCAGGAUAGCAACCAAACGUCAUACUUACUGAGCCACCGCAGCUCCCCUUAAUGAUCAAAGACAGAUAUUAACUCAUUUCAAUGAGUAGAGCCUGUGUUUUACCUCACAUUAUUA